AUGGGAAAUGUAGUGCGAUUGUCUGCAACAUGGCGGCUCCCAGGUGAGGCAGUUUUAGAAUGCUUGCAUAACUCGCUAGGCUGCAGCGGGGCUGGCUGAUAAUAGAGAAAGCAUCUGGGAGGUGAAAACCUCUGUAUUACCGUGAACAUCAGUCAUAAAGGUGGCUUAAAACUGAAUAAAAUCGAGAAGAAGUUCUUAAGGAAACAGAGUAAAGCCAGGCAUGUGUUGCUGAAACAUGAAGGCAUCCAGGCAGUGUCUUAUCCCACCCAGAGCCUGGUUGUUGCCAAUGGUGGUCUUGGUAAUGGUGUGAGUAGGAAGCAACUGCUUUUGGCUUUAGAGAAAUGUGGACCCAUGGAAGCUCUUCUGAUGCCACCUAAUAAGCCUUAUGCAUUUGCAAUAUACAAAACUAUUGAAGAAUCCAAGAAAGCCUAUGCUAUCCUCAAUGGAAAAGAAAUCAUUGAUGAUUUGGGGCAGAAGAUCAUUCUGUACUUGAAUUUUGUGGAAAAAGCACAAUGGAAAAAAAUGAGGCUUCAAGCCUUACCUCCAGGCCUCUUGGUGGUAGAAGAAAUUAUUUCUUCUGAGGAUGAGAAAAUGCUUUUGGAAAGUGUUAAUUGGACAGGAGAUACAGGCAAUCAGAAUUUUCAAAAAUCCUUAAAACACAGAAGAGUUAAACAUUUUGGCUAUGAAUUCCACUAUGAGAACAACACUGUGGAUAAAGAUAAGCCCUUACCUGGGGGUCUUCCUGAUAUUUGCAAUAGCAUUUUAGAGAAAUGGUUGAAAGAAGGUUACAUUAAACAUAAACCGGAUCAGUUGACCAUAAAUCAGUAUGAGCCUGGACAUGGAAUUCCUGCCCAUAUUGACACACAUUCUGCAUUUGAGGAUGAGAUCAUUUCUCUCAGUUUGGGGGCAGAGAUUGUUAUGGAUUUUAAGCACCCAGAGGGUGUCACAGUACAAGUUAUGUUGCCUCGUCGGAGUUUGCUGGUGAUGACAGGAGAAUCUAGAUACCUUUGGACUCAUGGAAUUACACCCAGAAAAUUUGAUACUGUCCAAGCAUCUGAGCAGUUCAAAGGUGGAAUAAUCACCAGUGACAUCGGAGACUUGACUUUAAGCAAGCGGGGAAUUCGAACAUCGUUUACAUUCAGAAAAGUGAGGCGUAUGCCCUGCAAUUGUAGUUACUCCUCGGUCUGUGACAGACAGAGGAAGGCCACACCUCCCUCCCUUCCAGAGAGUAGUAAAGAAGCAUGGCAGCUGGAGCGAGAGCAUGUUCAUCAUGUCUAUGAUUUGAUUGCAAGACACUUCAGCAGCACAAGGCACAGUCCAUGGCCACGCAUCGUGGAAUUCCUGAAAGCUUUGCCAAGUGGUUCUAUAGUGGCAGAUAUUGGAUGUGGAAAUGGAAAGUACCUUGGCAUCAGCAAGGAGUUAUAUAUGAUUGGGUGUGAUCGCAGCCAGAACCUUGUGGACAUUUGUAGAGAGAGGCAGUUUCAGGCCUUAGUCUGUGAUGCACUGUCAGUUCCAUUCCGAAGUGGGUCUUUCGAUGCUUGCAUCUCCAUUGCUGUCAUUCACCAUUUUUCAACUGCGGAGCGUAGAGUGACAGCUCUCCAAGAACUUGCCCGUCUCUUGAGACCUGGUGGGCAGGCCCUCAUAUAUGUUUGGGCAAUGGAACAAGAGUAUAAAAAUCAGAAGUCCAAGUACCUUAAAGGAAGGAAAACUAGCCAAGAAGAUAAAGAGGAGAUAAACAGUGACACAACCACUGCAGGACUGCUCGUAAAUCAAACGCCUGACGGAGGCAGUGAAGACCAAGCAUCGCCUGUCCCCGCCACUGAUAACAUCCAAGAGGGAGAAUGUAAGCCAAGGAAAGUUCCUAGUUCUGAGCUUCCUGUUCAUACAAACAGGACUUCCUUUCAGUCCCAAGAUGUGCUGGUUCCUUGGCACUUCAAGGGAAACCCUAGUAAAGACAAAGUUGUUGAGCCAUUCAGCUUAGCAGGAUCCCCUGACCCAAGUCCCGUGUUUCAUCGUUAUUACCAUGUUUUCUGUGAUGGAGAAUUGGAGGCUUCCUGCCAGGCUCUGGGUGAUGUUAGCGUUCUGCAGAGCUACUAUGAUCAGGGGAAUUGGUGUGUUGUUCUUCAAAAGGUCUGAUCAUUUAUCUGAACAUAUCAGGUGUAAAAGGAAAAAAACUGCCUAUCUGUUUUUGAGAAGGAGGCUAAAUUAUCCCUUUAAUUAGUGAGGCAACUUGGGGGACAUUACCAAAGGAGAGCUGAGAGCAGAGAUUACUUAGGUAACAUUCUAUCUGCUACUAUUGACUGACUUCAUAAACGUAGGUUCCUCUUACAUGCCUUCUAAGUAUGGUGUUUAAAAGUGAUUGGCUUUAACUUGUGAAAGGCCUGUGAUCUUUGUGUAAGUGUGCAGCAUUUUGAAGAUAAGCUUUUGUUAUAAAGUGUUUAUUUAUAAAGAUCCUAUACUAUGUAGGAUCAUAAUGAAACAAUUAUGUGACCUUUUAAUGAAGUGAAUACUGGACAGUAGGAAAUUAUGUGAAGUUUUAUCAAUAGCUAUUUGUUCCGAAAAAAUUGUAGUAACUUUCUCACUGGAUCUUUCUAGCACAUUGUAGAUGCCCAGUAAAACUUUAGCCAGGUGAUUCUCUGAAUUAAUAGAAACUUCAUUCAACAGAUAUUCUUUAAAUUCAUACUAUUUACUGUUAAGUACUAGGAAUGGAGUUGUGAGCAAGUAGAGUAGGUUGAUGUUUAGCUCAGUGAAAGAACAUGUGUUUCUAAUUGAAGCUCUGGAUUUAAUAUCUGUUACCACAAACAUACACACCAGCAGAAAACAAGAGCAAAGCCUUUAUUUCUAGGAAGCUUACCUUCUAGAAAGAGAGGCUGACAAAAGCAAACAGAUAAGUAAAUAUUGUGUUCAUUGUAAUCAUAAAUGCCGUGUAAAAAAGUAAAUUGGAGGCUGAAAGGGAUAUUAACUUGUGAGCAAAAGAUUACUUUUUAAUGGCUGAAGUAACUAGCAAUCCUGACUGAUUUAUUACCAGAAAUCACUAUUCCUGAUCUAUUGGUUUAAGCUUUAAAGACAACUCAAAUAGUUCCCUUUACCAGUUAAAUUCCAGAAGUUAAAAUUUAUCAGCCACACCAAAUUUUGCUCUUUCAGUCACAAUUGGCUGUUUUUCCUUAUUCAUAGUUUGUCCCAAUCCAGGAAGAAUGGAAGCAUUUUUAUCUAGUCAGUGAAACCAAAAGCAUAUUCUGGAAAGUCCUAGUAAGAUUGAUCAAUAUCUAGCCAGACUGAGUUGACCAGGGAGAAACUUUUAUGAUUUUUGUAAUUGGCUCAAUCAAAAAACAUAAUUAAAAGUCACUUGAUUAAAAAAUGUUAAUAAUUAACAAAUUAAAAAUUGUAGUAGGGCCCUUUCAAAUAAGACUUCUAUUUGAAUAUACAGUUUUCUUUUUCUUUUCUAUUUUUGAGAGAGAUCUCAUGUAGUCCAGGUUGCCAUCAAUCUUGCUAUGUAGCUGAUUCUCCUGCUUUUACCUCUCUAGAUUCAGCCUAAGUAUAGCUUAAAAUUAUAUGUAUUGAAAACACUAAGAUGUUGUUUAUAUAUUAAAGCAGUAGUUCUCAAUCUGUGGAUCAUGACCCUUUGGCAGCCAAACUACACUUUCACAGGAGUUGCCUAGGACCAUCAGAAAUAUUAGGUAUUUACAUUAGUAUUCAUAACAAUAGCAAAAUUAUAGUUUUGAAGUAGCAAUGAAAAUAAAUGUAUGGUUAGGGGUCACUACAACAAGAGGGACUGUAUUAAAGAAUUGAAGCAUUAGGAAGGUUAAGAGCCAUUCUAUUAAAGGAACAUGUGGACCAGUAAGAUGCUUAGUUGAUAAAGGCAUUUGCCACCAAGCCUAAUACCCCGAGUUCAGUCCCCAGGACCAACAUAGUAGAAGGUGAAAACUGACUCCCACAAGGUGUCUUGACCUUUGUACCCAUGCACAUACACACACACACACACACACACACACACACACACACAUACAUAGUAUAUAUAUAUUUUGAGACAGGAUCUCACGUUCUAGUUCUGUCUAUUCCAGAACUAGCUAAAAUGAUCAGGCUGGUCUCGAACCCACAGAGAUCUGACCGCCUCUGCCAAGUGCUGGAAUUAAAGGUAUGUGCUACUACAUGUGGCUGAAUACAUUAAAAAAAAAAAAAAAGAUGUAAAGCUGGGUGGUGGUGGCUCACGCCUUAAUCCUAACACUCUGGAGGCAGAGGCAGGAGGAUUUCUGUCAAUUCAAGGCUAUUCUGGUUGGCAAGUUCCAGGAUGGCAAGGAUUACACAGAGAUUCCCUGUCUCAAAAAACCAAAGGGGAAAAAAAGUUAUUAGCUGGUUCUAAAUCAAAGUUUAAAUGUCUUUUGGUUAAUUUAAGUUUCCAGGUAAACAUGUUAGCAAUGUUGAUUGACCAUAAGAAGAAAAUUUCUUAAAAUACAUGGUGACUCUUUAAACUAAUUUGAAUAUUUCUUUAUUCUUGGAUAUUUUAGAAAGAAACUUAAAGGCAGGCAUAGGGUCAUUCUAUAAUAUCAUCUGCUCAGAAGUCUGAGCCCCAGAGAUCAAAACUGGCUAGGGUUACAUAGUGAGAUCCAGACUAAAAGUGAAACAGAAAAAUAAGAGAAAUCUCUUCUGUGUCAUUCCCAUCAUUUCUUCUCCUUUGAAAUGGUAUUCUUAGGUGUCAGUCAAGAGUAAAGUAAGAAAUAAGUCCAUUGUCCCUGCAGGACCUAAAUGCAACUUACUGCAUGUUUUCUACCCAUAGAAUUAAGAAGCGUUUAUAGGUUGUUUUGUUACUGCCCAUUUCCAGCAGCUUCAGGCUACACCUUUGUGAUUGGUGUUUCCUUGAGACUAAAGAACUG